CGUUUACUACCGUCCGAGGACAGCUCUGCUGAUUAUAUCCACGUUACAGGCUCGUGAGCACUUAGGGAUAUGGACGCGGAUUGCGAGCCGGAUCGUUAUAAUCUGAUGAUGACUUUCUCGGUGUGUUUGCUGUGAUGUUCAAGAAAAUCAACGCGGUUUUCCGGCCGAACCGCGGCCCUAGCGCGCGGCAGGACUACCACAGCGCGUGCACGGUGAAGCUCGUGCGCAGCGCCUCCAUGCUCGCGGUGGGAGAGAGAAGUCGCGCGCAGAGGGACUCGACGCUGAAGCGCAGCGCGAGCGCCGUUAGUGUUCAGUCCAGCACGGCGCUAUACUACUACCACAGCCGAGAGGAGCGCGUGUGGCUCUACUAUCAGAACCGGGAGUGUCUGGAGUAUCUGCAGGAGCUGGUGGCGCUCAGGAGACGCUACACCAAGAGCGUGAACGACCUGAAGCACGGCGACCGGCCAGAGCAGUCCUCGAGCAAGAAGAAGCCUGCACCUCAGCCUCCACAGCAUGAACGUCCACAGCCAUCUGCCCCACCAGUCCCCAGUGAGGAGGACACCUUGCAGUUUUUUGAUGCUGUUAUCGCCAGCUGUGACUCGGAGCGCACCAGAAAACCACAUGUGGACGACGGCCAUGCAGAUGUAGACUUUAUCGUGGCGACAAGUACGAGUCAGCAUGACCUCCAUUCUAACUGGAUGCUGCGAGACCCUCGGCGGAUCUGCACGGAUGAGUCUCGGCUGAAGCGGGCAGAGCCGGGGUCAGACGAAAACGCUUGGAGGAAGGCGGCAGGUGGGACCACGAGCAGUGUGAGACGGCUACAGAGAAACCCCAUCCACCUGCCCAAAGUGGUAGAAAGUGCCUUGCAGACCCUGCGCUUCAAACCCAAGCUUAAGAAGAAAGACUAGCACGCAACAUGAACUGAAAAUGACUUCUAAGGAGCCGAGCUGAUUCACGAUGACGGACUGUUACAAUGGACACACCAUUCAGAGAUUUCAGUUUAGUUUUAGACAAAAGUCGAAAGAGUUCUGUAGUGGAAAGCCACACAGGUAUGAAGACUCUGCAAUGGCCGGUCGAGUGAUUCAUCUGAAGCUGAUAUAUGAAUUAGAUCUAGAGACAUCCACGAGGAAGCAGACGGAAAAUGAUCAAAUGAAUGGAUUUAGUGCAUCAGUGGCACUAUCGAAAGACAGAAAGUCCUGCCUGGGGAGGCUAGAAUAUUAAGCAUACAGACUUCCAGUUUGAAGAACAGUCUUCGACGGUGCUCAGAGCUGUUGAGUCAUGUGUUGAGGAACAUGGACUUGAGCAUAGUAAAGUAAUAUUGAGGUACUGAAGCUCCCUCACUGACCAGCUUCAUCAAUAAUCCACAGCAGAUCAGAGUCUCUGUUUAAGGAGUUUUCAACAGCACCAGGGCAUGUCCAAGAGACUAUAGAUGGAAAAAAAACCCACCUCUGUUCAAAGAGUCACCUGGCCCGAGUAAUAAGACUCUCUCCUACUCAACAAACUUCAAUUAGAGAUUUGUUUACGGGAGAUCAGAUUAAAUCACUCAGCUGCUCAGCACUGAUCCUUCAGGCCAUUUCUCAACUGCUUUAGGGCUAAUAGAUAUGAAACCCGAAUGUCUCAGCCACUCACAAGCUCCUUUGUAUGAACUCGUGUUAGCCUGGACCCUUAAAAGAGAAGACAUUUGGGAAUGCAGAGUAAAUUCUGCUUGUUGAAAUGAAAUUUGAUUCAGAUUUUAAAAGUGCCUUUUAUAUUCUAGAACUGUUUUUAUAAGUAAACAGAAGAAGCCUCAGUUUCUUGUUAAAAAGAUGUUUAAAACAUGUCCAAAAUAUUCUGUUAUUUAGAAAUAAUACUAAUAAUUACAUUGAUAAUACUGGUUCUGGUUGUUUUUAAAUAAGCCACUAUGAGGAACAUGCACUUUCUUUUUCUGAGGAAAGAGGAAACAAAACAAACAGACCAUGAAAACGUCAUAUUAAAAGCACAUGGCAGGUUGUUUACCACAAAACUAAUAACUGAAUAAUUCAGGAAGUAGUUCUGUAGUGUUGAAUAAAGGCUUUGGUGUCCAUGUUAUUGAUGGGGUUUAUAUACACAUUACUACCCAUGAGCAUUGAAAGAGAUUUGAUACAAGAUACCACACACAGAACUGUUAGGAGAUUAGGAACUUGAUUUUAUAAUCUUUAAGCACCAUUAACCAUCAUUCUUAUACCUUUACACCUUUCCCGUGUCUUAUCUAUCUGUAACCAUUUACCUAAAGUGUACUUGGACCGGUUUCCCUCAUUUACACAUUCAUCCAAUCAUCUAUAAUCAUUUCCUGAACAAAGUUCAUCAAGAUAUUAGAGUAAAAUGACACUGUAGGAGUGAUACUCAUGGACAACACCAUGGCGAUAUGUCAGUGCUUAAAUGUUAAAAACCUACACUGAAAAAGGCAAGUGGCACUCAGAAAAAAGG